CACCACAUUUUAGAGGUGUAUGCUCGCCAUCUUUGAACGCUUGGUCAGAGAAAUCAUGUAAGUGUUCAUGGACGAUUUCUCGGUUUAUGGAGACUCAUUCUGUCACUGUCUCCAUAACCUAAAACUCGUCAUGAAAAGAUGUGAGGAGACGUACUUGGCACUGAGUUGAGAGAAAUGUCACUUUAUGGUUCGAGAAGGAAUAGUGUUGGGGCAUAAGAUCUCCAGAUUUUUAUCGACCUUUCAUCAAGGACUUCUCGAAGAUCGCCUUGCCCCUGAUGAAGCUUCUUGAGAAGGAUGCCCCCUUCCAUUUCUCUGCCGAGUGCACAACAACAUUCAUGACCUUGAAGGAGAAGCUCACUCAUGCUCCUAUCAUGGUCACUCUUGAUUUGACCUUACCAUUUGAACUUAUGUGCGACGCGAGUGACUUCGUGGUUGGAGCUGUCCUAGGAAAGAGGCGAGAUCAGCACUUUCGGCCAAUAUAUUAUGCAUCAAAGAACCUCAAUGAUGUCCAGGAGAACUACACCACCACAGAGAAGAAGCUGCUAGCUGUGGUGUUCACCUUCGACAAAUUCCUUCCUUAUCUGGUUAUGUCACGUGUGUAGUCCACAAGGAUCACUCCGCCAUCAGAUACCUGAUGAGCAAGGUCGACACCAAGCCCUCGCUCUUCAAGGACGCUGACGCCUUCGCACGCUAGUGUAACCAAUUCCAGAGGUCAGGUAAUAUUUCUGCCCUGGAUGAGAUGGCCCAUAAUGUGUUUGUUAUUUGUGAAAUUUUUUAUGUCCGGGGUAUCGCUUCAUGGACCCAUUUCGUCCAUCUUUUGGUAAUCUGUACAUCCUAGUUGUUGUUGAUUACGUCUCUAGGUGGGCUGAAGCACAGGCUUUGCCCACCAAUGAUGUCAGACGUGUUUGUGAGAUUCUUAAGCAGUUGUUCUCCCAGUUCGAGACGCAUUGAGCCAUCAUUAUUGACAUAUGCACCCACUUCCAGGGUCAAUUUGAUAAACUCCUCUCUUGCUAUGGUGGCAUCAUUAGAGAUAGCCUAACAGGCUAUAAUAUGGGAUUCGGAAAGCCGAAAGGCGAGGAUGCUCUUAUGUGAUGAAUGAAUAAUGUGAUAGUAU